AUGACGUGUCCCAGUUUAGCUCUUCAGAGCCCUUCUCGGGGAACGUUCUGGUGUUGGCAGGCUGGUUUCACGUCAGUUUCGGGGUCACCACCGGCUUGGGGCCUCUGGGCUCAAUGCCACUUAAGACUCACCUGCAGUGCUUCAAGGACCCAGGUGCCCAGGGUGGGUGGUGUGAGGCUGCGGUGUAGAAACCUCAGAGUUUUGCCGCUUCAGUGGGUAAGGAAGGAGAGUAAACGAGUGAAGUUUGAUCUACCAGAGGAGGAAGCUCCUAGUUACUGUCCAAAGUUGGCAAACCAAGGAAUAGCAGCGUACACUUGUUAUUUGGAAUUAUGGAGACAAGUACUAGAAGAAAUGGGCUUCCCUGGUGGCUCAGCUGGUAAAGAAUCUGCCUACAAUGUGGGAGACCUGGGUUCGAUCCCGGGGUUGGGAAAAUCCCAUGGAGAAGGGAAAGGCUACCUACUCCAGUAUUCUGGCCUGGAGAAUUCCAUGAACUGUAUAGUCCAAUGGGGUCACAAAGAGUCCGACACGACUGAGCGACUUUCACUUCACUAG